AUGGAGAUGGAGCAAGAGAUGGAGGAGGAGAUGGAGCAAGAGCUGUUUGAAGAGGAAGAUCAAUUUCCAGAGGCAGAGCCUCUUCAAGAGGCAGAGUUUGGGCAAGGGCCGAGGGCCUCUCUGAGUUUGAGUAUCCAAGAGAAGAACCUUAUUGUGCAGUUCCUUCAACAGCAAUGCCGUGCUGGAGCACUUCCACAUGGUUCAUUGAAAGAUGCAGCCAAAAAAUUCAAAGUGCAUGCAAGGACAGUCAGCCGGUUAUGGAGGAUAGUCAGUCAUCAAAUGGAACAAGGAGAACCUGUUGUCAUGAAAGGAAAAGCAUCAGGUUAUACUAAGACAAAAGGUAAAAUAAACCUUGAUGAAGUCAAGUUUAGACACUUGUCUAUGCUUGAGAGAUCCUCCAUAAGAAAACUUGCUAUGAAGAUGCAAGUUAGCAAGACCACAGCUGGCAGAUGGUCCAAGGCUAACAAGAUAAGACCACAUACAAAUGCCAUCAAACCUGCACUCACUGAUGCAAACAAAAUUUUAAGAAUGAGAUGGUGUCUGACUCAUAUUCAUCCAACCAUAGUUGAAGGUAAGCUUCUCUAUCAUGUGCAUGUUCAUAUUGAUGAGAAAUGGUUCUACAUGACAAAGACUUCAGACAGAUACUACCUGUUGCCGGAUGAGGAUGAGCCUUACAGGUCUUGCAUAUUUCCAUUCACAGAGCAAGUUCCAGCCAAAAGAAAGUCAAAGAAUAGGCUAAGAGGGACACUUGAGACAAAGCCUAUCCCAUCAGUUAACAAGGAAGCCAUGAGAGAAUGUCUCCUUAAUCGGAUUAUUCCAGCAAUCAAGGCUAAGUGGCCAGCCAAUACAAGCAAGGAAAUAUACAUCCAACAAGAUAAUGCCAAACCCCACCUCAAAUCCUCUGACUUACAAUUUGAGGCUGCUGCAAUUUGGAGUUCUUUUGAGGAACUCAUACCACAAACACUGAACAAGGUAUUCCUAUCAUUGCAAAGUUGUUUAAGCAAGAUCCUAGAAGUGCAUGGGGGCAACAACUACAAAAUACCACACUUGAACAAAGAUAGGUUGAGUAGGACAGUGGGGCUUCCUACCUCACUUGAGGUUGAAGAAACUCUGGUAAGGGAGAGCUUGGAGUAUCUACUACUCCCUGAGAAUGAUGUGGGUGGUUCAUAUCACAUAGGGCAUCCAAACACUGUGCUAGGGUUGUAA